AUGAAAACAAUUGAGCGCGAAUAUUGCGAAAAUAUAACAAACAAGUAUUUAAACCACGACCUUGCAAUUCCAUUUUUACAGCCAGUCGAUGAAGUUCGUGAUGGAGCCGUUGGUUAUCAUGAUAUCAUAAAACAUCCAAUGGAUUUAACUACGCUUCAUAAUAAUCUCAAGGCAAAUAAAUAUACUAAAAGUGAAGAAUGGAAAACUGAUUUUCUUAGAAUUUGGGCAAAUGCAAUUGAAUAUAACAAAAAACAAAAGAAUAUGGUUUUUCAUAUAGCAUCAAUUUUACAACAAGAAGCCAAGCAGGAUACAGAUAUCAUUCCAAAGACUAGCAAUGACAUUUGGUUCCUAAAAUUAAGACAAGCAGCGUUAAAGGUUGAAGAAGAGUUAGGAAAAGGCUCACAUAGUAGCUCUAAAUCGCGUAGAUAA